GUAACGGGCCUCGACGACGAUUUGACCGGUUGGUGGCCAGGAAGGCGAUGACUGCCCAUUCCGGUGCUCGGCCAGCACUCGGUUCCAUCAUGCCGUCUUUUUCGCACUCUCUACUGAUUAGCAUUCCCACCAUGUGUACAUAGCCAAAGUCUGAGCUUGUGCUUGGUUCGUACAAUGGAAGGUGAAGAUGAAACGAGCUUCUCUGUGAGUUCUGUUCUAAUCUCGAAGAGAGUGUUGUAGCGAGCAACGGGUUACGAGACGCGGCGUGAUUUUGGAUCAAGGUUGAUCCAAUCCAUACAUAGAUGGAUGGAUACAUGGAUGCAUAGGUAGAUUGUAUGAACAUAACCUUAUGAGGGCACCCGAACUUCUGCCGGCUACUUGCGGCGCAUCGAACUGGUCGCCCGUUUCAAGAAGGGCCGCUCCACACGCACCUUGCUUGACGUGGCCGCCAUUCAUUCAUUUAUUUAUUCCAUCCCAGGCACAUCAUUGCCGUGAACAAAUGCACAAGGAGCUUCUCGAACAAGUCGCCAAAAUGGGUUCCAUGGUCCGGCGGGAGAUUUGGUUUGACGAACAUGUUCGCAUGCGCUGCCGGGAGCAGAGAUGUGCACCAGGCCGUCGCAUCAAAGUGGGAUCGAAGGAUGAGUGGACGGAUGGAUGGAUGGGGCCAUUUCACGAUCAUGCUAUGGUGCACUACCACGCCACAAAUUUCAAAUUCGGGCAUGCAUCCAUCAUCCAUCUGGCUGGCAUUUGUCUCAUGCUUCGACACGAUUCAUGCCCAGGCUCCCCCUUUCUCCACGUUCCAAACACGAUGCAAUCACACAGUCAGCCAUUCAGCCAGUGCACGCGACUCCCGUUCCAUUGCAGACUGGGAAAGUAUAGCCUAUCCAAGUAUCAGUGCUAAGCAAGCCCGAGGAUGCUCAAUGGCAUAAUUGCACCGCGAGAGGGGGAUGCCUGAAUCCGCUGUGCACGCCCUCGAAUCGACUCCAUUUAUGCCUCUGCAAUUGAUGCUAGAAGAAAAAAAAAAAUGCAUACACAGAUACGUACCGCAAAUACUUACCUAGGUACUUAGUUGCUUAGACAGCAGAUAUCCAUCCGAGUGCAGGGAUGGCCCUUGCCUAGGGGCUGUGACUAUCGCCCAACGGUCGUUCUUUCUUGGGCCCUGCGGCAGAAGCAAUGCAGAAGAUCCAGAGAAAAAAGAAAGGGAGGAGGGAAAAGGGGGUCCGAGGGGAACAUGUUGCCCUCUAAUGAUAUCAUCCUUCAUUUCCCAAAGCUCGGUGCGCGAGCCGCCGGUUCCCGUCAUGAUUGCAGGGCUGAACAAGGCUGCUGGGAUGAGGGAGAGAACUUCUCCAUUGUUCUUUUUCAAGUCGCCGAGAAAUGAAGGGGAAAGAAAAAAGUGAAGACAUCCAUGCUCGCUAAUCCUCCCCAAUGCCGCCCCUCCCUCCCUCUGUCAACUACCGUCUCGAGUGAGGCGCGUCCGCUAACUACACAAGCAACUGGCCAUAGUUCUUCCAAUGACUUUUGCUCCCAUGUUCGUGAAAACUAGAAAAUCUGCCCGCGCACAGUGACAGCUCAACGCGCAGCACAUGGCUGGCUGGUCUAUGCCACGUACUCUUGUCCGUGACCGAUAGUUUCGCGCCUGUUUGCUAUACGUCAUCGGCGAGAAGGUGAUUCACCGCCCUCAUUCAUGAAUUCACAAAUGCAUGGAAUGCCUUGUAUCCAUCAUCUCGCUUGACGUCGUCGUCGACUGUAUUCAUGAAAACUCUGCACCUGGGCUGCCAGAACCUUUCCCGCCCCCCCUCCCCCCGAGAAUGACUCCCUUGUGAACAAUUUCGAUGAUAUGAUUGCUUUCUGAUAUUCGUUUCAUUGACCAGUGUCC